UCCCACAUGUAAACGGAUGGUGGUGGUUUGACACAUUCUCUCCCAUAGUAGUUGUUGUUGUGAUCAUUCAUUUCAAGAUCUCAACAACAACAAAGCGCAAAGCAAAAAUGCUAUUUGUUAUUGUUAUUGUGAACUGUUAGAUUUUCCGUUGUAAAAAUGUGCGUUUUGUUGUUGUUGUGAAUCAGCCUCUUUCUCUUUCGUUCCCAAAAAAAUAUGAUGGAAAAAAAUUGCAAAAACAACUACAUACCGGUUUUCUGUGUGCACUGCUUUUUAUUUUUAGUUCUUGUUUAGCAGUUGAAAGAGAAACGUGCUUCGGUAUAGUUGAAUUAAAGUGUUUACAAGAAGUGUUCAAAAAGUGAAUUAAAAAUUUCCAGAAGGUGUUUAAAAUUAAAAAACAAACAAAAUUGUUUAUUACAGUUUUUCUACCACUAUUGUAAAAUGGAACCCAAUAAUAAACAACACUCGGAGCUAUUAUCCACAAUACUGGCUCAAAAUAAGAGCCUAAUUGAACAAAACCACGCGAUUAAAGCUUUAUUAGAACAAAGCACAAAUAAACUUCAACAAGAAGUAGAAGCUCUGAAGGCACAAAACGUUAGACAAACCGAGGAAAAUUCCAAAAUAUACACCCACUUCACAACUGAGUUCUUUCAGUUAAAAAUGACUGUAGAAAACGCCAUGAAAGCAGUACAAAUGAAAGGAUCAGUAUUUUCCGUUGAACAACUAUGCUCCCCUGAAGAAGUAUUAGACUUCGAAAGAAGACUGAAGGAUAAUUGCGAACUGAAAAACAAACUGAUUCAACGUAUAAAAGCACAACCCCAUGACGAUAUAAGGAAAUUUGUUCAAGAAAAUGUAAAACUAGUUUUCCAGACGGACGAAAUUAUCACACGAUUUUCAUGGAAUAGUGCCAACAGAAAUAUACCUGUAAAAGAUAUGCAUUACAUCAAGCUUAUAAGAGGUUUGUAUUCGCUAUUUAAGAUUAUGGAUAAGUUAGAUUACAUGUACAUAUGUAUGUACUUUAAUUGUUAUAUAGAUACAGCAAUAGAUCAUAUCCCGGGCACUGCUGCAAGUACGAUAGAAUUUCAUAUUAAGAAUUUCUUUAAUUCGGCUAAAGACCGCCAAAACAAACGAAAAAGAAAAGCAGAAUCGAAAAAAUCUCAAUCGGACAAAUCUGAAUCGGAAAAAUCUGAAUCGUAAAAAAUUUAAAUAGUCCUGUGUAUUAUAUUGUUUUUAUUAUACAGGGACUCAAAAAAUUAAUUGUACACUUCUAAUAUUUGAAAAUAAACUCCAAAAAAAUACUAGGGGUGUACGGAUUUUUUUUUUGGUCACUGUACACGACACAAAUUAUUGAAAGACUGAAUUAAUUUUAUUUUUAUUUUAAAAAGAUACAUUGAAUUACAAAAAUUAUAUAUGUAUAUAAUAACAACAAAUAAUUGAAUUAUCUGUUAUCUGUUCAACUAAUAAAUAUAAAUAAUAUAAAUAAUAAUAAAUUGUUUGUUUUUUAAAUAAA